AUGAAGAAGAAGAGAUCUUCUCGAUCACUAUCUGAACCUGUCAUUGCUUUGAGAAAGAAGAAGAGAACUUGUGUCAAUUCUUUUCAACAACAACAACUAUCGUUUUCUUCUACACAACCUGAAUUUUACUUACCAGAUGAUUGCUGGGAGCAUGUCUUUUCAUUCAUCAUCAAUCCAGUCGACGAAACCGAAGACAAAAAUAAACUCUACUUCAAAUCCUCCCUAUCUCUCGUCUCUAAACAAUUCCUCUCCAUCACCAACCGUCUCAUAUACUCUCUCACUAUUUAUUAUCCACAGCUUUGCUUUCUCCCAUGUUUUUUUCAUAGAUUGUCCAACCUUCAUUCUCUUGACCUCUGGUUCGCCUCCUCGUAUGAUCUCGACAACAAUGCAGCCAUUGCUUUGGCUCUCCGUGACAGACCAACAUUGAAAUCAUUAUCUAUUUUCGGAAUUGAGCUCAAGGAUGCAAACUAUGUUUCUUCACAUUACGUUGAUUCCUUCCUGAGUUUGAAGGGUUUAAAUUCUCUUAAGUUUCGGUAUUCCAAAAUAUCCGAUGAUUUGCUUUACUCUAUUGCAAGAGAAGGUCUUCCUUUGAAGACUUUUGUUCUUGAAAAUUGUAUCGGCUAUAGUUAUCAUGGAAUUUAUGAUUUAUUAUCCAACUGUCAUGGGAUACAACAUUUGGGUCUUCAAUAUGUUGAUUUUCUAAAUAAUCAUCAUGUUUCUAGGUUGUCUUUACUUCUUCCUGAUCUAGUAUCUAUAAACCUUAGUAAAUGUUCCAAGCUCACAAAAUCAGCUUUGUUUACCCUCAUUAACAACUGCCGUUCACUUGGUGAGAUCAUAAUGGAAGAAACUGCUAAAAGAAAUGAGAUUCAAGAAAACCAAGCCUUAAAGUUCAAAAAAUGA